AUGGCCGCGCCACCUGGCCACGCGCAUGAGCGCGCCAAAGCUGGUGCCGCCCGGGGGGUGCGCUGUGUGCAUGCCGGUGUUGCGGGACGCUGGCGGGGGCCCUGGGUCGGCUCCUCUCCGGUGCAGGGGAUGCUUGUGGAGGCAGUGUGGGACGGCAUGGAAGACACACAUUCGCUAUACCUUAAGCUGCGGCGCGCGUUGACCGGGCCAAGGCUGACUGCUGACAAGGCGGAAGGGGUGGGGAAGACACACUGCAUGGCCCGCGACAAGGGCGCUACAGGGCAGAUUGUCUUCUCGAUGACACCGACCACGAACCUGCCCGGCCUCGAGAGGACACCACCAAGUUCUACCGUGCCUCCCCCCGAGCACGCCUGUGCCCAGGCAAACGAGGCCAGAGCGGCAAAGGAGGCAACGGAGGCGGAGGAGACGAGGCAGGUCGGAGCAGUCGCGACGGCAGCUAACGCUGACAAUGCCAAUGCCGCCCGGAGGACAAGAGGCGGCGGAGCUAGCAGUGCCACGCUUUGA